CUAUCAUUCGUGUCGUGGAAAAGAGUGUACAGUAUAGUUGAAUAUAUCAGACGAGGUUCAGCAUGGUGAAAGUCGUGAUAUUUGUUUCUAUAUGUGUCAUAGUUGCAUCACUAUGUAGCGGGAAAAGCGUGAAAAAACGAGAGGAGGCAGAAGUUGUCGGAACUGAUGUGGAUAUAACGUUAAUUUCUUUAGAGAAUGCCGUAGAAAAUUACAAUAUUGGAGGGUCAAGCUCAACCAAAAGACAGAUGGAUAUCGAUUUAACUUCAACUGACGGUAUUGUGGUUGUAUACUUACUAUUUACGUCCUGUACCUAUGUUCCGUUUUGGAUAAGUGACUUUACUGAUAGGUUUCGUGGAGGUGUAAUGCAGAUUAAAUAUUCAACUGAUCCUGCCAAUAUGCCGACUACCUGGACAGAUAUUAAUCAAAGUCCGGUCGAUUUCUUUAUCGGAAAUCAUUCAUUAUGGACUGUGUAUUUCGGACCAUUUGCACCAUGCACCACAGUAUACAUCGAUGCUCAAUUAGAAAAGAAUGGUCUAACAUCAUAUUUGGGUAAUUUUAGUGUAUCGACUGAUGAUGGGUCCAUACAGGUUGGCGGAGUUUUGGUUUCUGGUACUACGUUCGUGACUAGUGAUGGAAAUAUUGAAAUUCAGGUCAUUAGUGAAUACAUGAGGCUGAUUUUUUCAGUAACUGCAAAAUGGUGGAUUUUAUGGAUCAAGAACGAACAAACUAAACGCAAUGAAAUACGUUUUGAAAUCAAAGACAACUCAGUCCUUGUUGAGAAACAGUGUGGAAUGCUUGGUCCUAAGUAUGUCGACAAUACACUACAUCCGUUUGUAGGAUUCAUAAAGCCAAAUGGAGCUAUCACAAAUGACGCAAUCGAGCAUGGCAACAGCUGGGUGGUGAUUGGAAG